AUGAAUUAACAUUAAAUUAGUGAUGAAGGAGUAGCAGAAUAAUUGGUAGAAUUAUGUGAUCAAAUAAAUGAGGGCAUCUGGAGUGAUGAAUGCGAGAUUUUAGAGAUGUUUAAAGACAUAUUUGAAAAACUGAAUGAGAAAGAUCAAAAGGCUGCUCUUAUCUACAUUAAAGCUAAUUAAUAAACCUUUAUCUAUGUAAAGAAACUCGAAUUGGAAUAUUUAACUACAGAAGAUAUUUCAACUGAAAUCCAGGAAGUUAUCGAUUAUAAAAAGAUUUACUAAUAACUAAUUCAACAAACAGACUGGUAAUAGUUAAUAAAUCUCUUAAAAUAAAAAGAGUUUUGUGAUUAAAACAAUAUCAACCCAAUAAUUAUAAAUAAUUUUGAAAUUAUAUAAAAACUUAAAGAAAAAGUUGUCGACCUUUUGAAUCUCAAUCGUUUAUCAAAGAUUACAGAAUGGGGAUAUCCUUAUAAAGAUAUAUUUAAAAUUUUAUUAGGGUUUAUAGACAAGAAUAAUGAUCUUGAUGAAUCAGAAGCAAAAAAAUUAGAAAUGACUAUAGGUGCUUUAUUAGAAGAAUAAGUUUUGUAAUUUUUAGAGUACGAAAAUAAUUUAUUGNAAAUACAAAUUAGAAUUUUCAUUAUAAGUGAAAGAAUGUGA